AUGACAUAUGCAGAGCAAAUGGAAGUGAAAUUGAGGGAGAGGUCAAGGGGGUUUAAAAAGACUAGAGUGGAUAGGGGAGGGUUCAACCCUCAAAGGUCCAGUUAUGAUGGUAGUGGAAAGGGAAAAGGUGGACAACGGUUUGUGGGACAAUGUCCUACUAAUUUUCCUCCUCCCAAAUUCAACAAAGACAAGGGUAAUAAUAAAAUGGACCCAAGAGAAAAUGUUGGUACUCAAGAUUUCCUUGCAUGUAAGAAGUGUAGGAGGACUCACAAAGAGGAGUGCUUAGCCGGCUCUAAUACAUGCUUCAAAUGUAGCAUGCUGGGUCAUCAUGCUCGAGAUUGUAAAGGUGGUCAUGGUGGUAGGCCUCAAGGCUAA